AUGGCACAUCUAAAUAUGCCACACUUUCAGUUUCACUCCUCUUCAUUCCCGAACUCCCCUUGUCCGUCAAUGCCUUGGCCCCUUGCCCUUCCCCGCAGGCAGCACAGGCGCGACGGUAGCAGACGGCUCGCUCUCACCGUCUCUCCACCACCAAUCCUCCUCUCCCCUCUCCCGCCGUCCCACCUUUCCCCCGUUACCGUUCCUCCUCCCCGCCGUCCCCGUCCCUCCUUCCAUCGGUGUCCGUCCCUCCUUCACCUCGUCCUUCCAGCUCCCUUCCCCUCUGUCCUUCUCCACCUUUCCCCCUGUCCUUCUCCCCCUUUCCACAUGUCCUCCCCUCCCUUUCCUCCUAUUCAUCUCGGCUCCCUUCCCCCCUGUCCCUCUCCUCCUUUCCCCCUGUCCUUCUCCCCUUUCCCCCUGUCCUUAUCCCCCUUUCCCCCUUUCCUUCUCUCCCUUCCCUCCCGUUCUUCUCAGCUCCCUUCCCCCCUGUCCGUCUUCUCCUUUGCCACUGUCCUACUCCUUCGGUCCCCCUGUCCUUCUCUCCCUUUCCUCCAGUUCUUCUCAGCUCCCUUUCCCCCUGUCCUUCCCACACUUUCCCCCAUGUAUUCCCCUCCAUUUCCCCCCGUCCUUCACCCCAUUCCCCCCUGUCAUUCUCUCCCCUUUCCCCUGUGCUUCUCCCCCUUCCGUUCCCUUCCUCUCAGCUCCCUUCCCCCCUGUCGUUUUCCUCCUUUCCCCCUGUCCUACGCCCCCGUUCCCCUUGUCCUUCUCUCCCUUCCGGUCCCUUCUUCUCAACCCCCUUUCGCCCUGUCCUUCUCCCCUUUUUCCCUCUGUCCUACUCUCCCUUUCCCCAUGCCCUUUUCCCCCUAUCCCCCUGUCCUUCUCUCCCUUCCCCCUUGUCUUUCUCCCCUUUCCCCCCUGUCCUUCUCUCCUUUCCCCAUGCCAUUCACUCCCUUUCCCCGUGUCCUUCUCUUCCUUUCAGUUCCGUUCUUCUCAAUGCCCUUUCCCCCUCACCCUAAACCCUUUUUUCCCCUGUCCCUCUCUCCGUUUCUCUGUGCCCUUCUACCGCUCUCCCCCCUCAUUCUCUCCCUUUACUUGCCUUCUUUUCAGCUCCCUUUUGCCCUGUCCUUCUCCCCUUUUUCCCCCUGUCCUUCUCUCCCUUUCCCCAUGCCGUUCUCCCCCUUUCCCCUUGCCCUUCUCUCCCUUCCGGUCCCUUCUUCUCAACCCCCUUUCGCCUUGUCCUUCUCCCCUUUUCCCCCCUGUCCUGCUCUCCCGUUCCCCAUGCCCUUCUCCCCCUAUCCCCCUGUCUUUCUCUCCCUUCUCUUGCCUUCUUCUCACCCCCCUUAG